ACGUCUACAAAAUGGCUGCAUCAUAAUCGUGUGUAAAAACAGCACUGUAUCUCAAUAUUGAAGCAUUUUCUUCCUUCAAAACGACGAGAAACCCGAAGAAUACUGGAGUAUGGAUGAGCUGGUAACCAUCAAGCGUGAAUUGAAAUGCUGGGAGAGCAUGUUCGAGAGGAAACAUGGCCGUAAGCCAACAAAGGAUGAUAUCAGAGAUGCUUCAGCCGAGAUAAGAGACACUUAUGUGAGAUAUAAACAACUUAAAGAAAAUAAUAACAAAAGUCAAGAAAAGAUUAAAGAAGUAGAGAAAAAUGAUAAUGGAGUUUUUGGUAAGAACCUCAACAAGAAGUAUGACAAAAAAAUGCUGCCUUUAGCUCCAGUGAGGCUGAAAAAUGGCUUAGAAAACAUCAAACCUGUUCGCCUCUGUCAUGGACAGAGGCCCAAGAUCAGCAUUAAGAAUAAUUCCUUUGAGGAAGAGCAACAUGAGAAUGGACUAAAGUCUAACGAUGCAGAGAACACCAAUAUCAAUGAUAAGACUGAUGACAUGGAAGCCUUUGGACUGAACAGUGUACCUAUCCUAACUUCAAAUCAGUCAAUAAGACCAAAUCAUACACCAAGUCCAAGUGUAAGCAGAAUAAGGAAAACUCCUGGUACAGUCGAAUCAAGGAUGAAGAGAAGAGCCUCCCUUUUUGCUGCAAGCCUUAAGAAAAUGGAGCAUGAAAAUGAGUCUGAAAAUAACUCAGAAAAUUCUUCCCACAUUGAUAAAGAUGUUGCUAUGGAAAUCGUACUUGGAGGACAGAACAACGAGAGAGAAAAAUCAGACGGAAAAUCUUCUCCAAAAGAAAAAAAUAUUCAAAGUGAAAAUGGAAUUAAGAAAGAAAAUGAUUUCCAGAAAGAGAUAAGGCACGCAACCUCUAUAGAUAUAGACAAUAAGAAUGAGAAAUAUUCGAAUUCAGAAGCUGAUAUAGAAAUGCCUGGAAUAAGUACAGAUAACCUUGAGAACCAUGGAAAUCCUUCCAAAGUUCCUAAUUCUUCUCAGAAAUACCAAACAGAAGCUAAGGAAGAAAUUUCUGCUUGCGUAAAUGAAAGGGAAGAAAAGAGAAAUAACAAAAUGAAUGGGAAUAAUGAAGGCAAAAUGAGCGAAAACCAACAGGAUCGUAAGGAGAAGAAAAGGAAAGCUGAGAGAGAGAUGAAUGAAGAUAUCAAAAUACCAGAAGUAAAGAGACUGAGGACAGGGAAAAUAGAAGAAGAAACGCGCUCAUCUUGGGAACAAAGUAUAAAUGAAAUGAAUGAGUGUAGUGAAGAUGAGAGCCAUCCAGAUGAAGGUCCUUCCGACACUUUUGAAGAAGUAAAGAUAAAAACCACAAAUGCAAAAUCAAGAUCGUCAUCAUCCAGCCUCGUCAGUGACAACUUUGUGAGACUGGACAUGAAACAUAAAUCAUAUCGUCGCCGUGGUAACGGGAUGACGGGCUCCUCCUAUAAACGCAAAGCCUGGACCACAAUGAUGAAAGCACGUGGGGAAUACGUCAGCAAGUCAAGUUGGACACGCAGGAGGGGUGGUGGCGGCGGUGGUGGCAGAGGAGGGCGUGGUGGGGGUAGGGGCUCUUGGGGAGGAUCGCAAGGUGGUAGUGGAACAUGUUACAAGUGUGGUAAAGAAGGACAUUGGGCAAAGAACUGCAAAGGGAACCAAAACACAAGAGAAAUACCUGAAGAAGAUGAAGAUAAUCCAGAAUUCACCCCUGAAGACGAUGAGUUCAUCCAGCAGCUCACGCUCGAAAGAGCAGCACAAAUGGCAGCAGGAGUUGCUGUCCAGGAAUCAGAAGAUGGUAGYGACUCGUCCAGGCUGGUGGUACUACCCCAUCAUCUACCACGCCCUGUCUAUAUACCACCCCCUCCACCUGAUGCUAUUGAACCCCUUUACGAGACUGUGCAUGGAAGUAUCAUAGACACGCCAAAGGAAGUCUUCUCUGCUUUGGGCCAGCUUGGUUUCUCGUCGUUUCGUGCUGGUCAAGAACAAGCCAUCAUGCGAAUACUCAGUGGGGUUUCGUCCCUGGUGGUGUUGUCUACUGGUGCAGGCAAAUCUCUGUGUUAUCAGCUUCCUGCCUACAUGUACUACAAACGUUUUCCUUGUCUGACGCUGGUCAUAUCACCUCUUGUGUCCCUCAUGGAAGAUCAGAUCGGUGGCCUUCCCUUUGGGUUAAAAGGAGCCUGUCUGCACACCAACCAAACCAAGGCACAACGUGCCAAGAUCUUAGAGAGUAUUUCAUCAGGACAAAUCGCUGUACUKUUACUGUCCCCUGAGGCUUUAGUUGGUGGUGGAUCCGGUGGUGGUUGUCUUCCAUCCAAUACAAGACUWCCACCCAUUGGUUUUGCCUGUAUCGAUGAGGCCCAUUGUUUGUCAGAAUGGUCGCAUAAYUUCCGACCAUCGUAUCUGCGUGUCUGCAAGGCAUUGAUAGAGCUUCUCCAAGGUCCUCGCUUCUCGCAGUGUGAGUCUAUUAUCAUCUACUGCACGCGUCGUGAAGUGACGGAGCGUGUUGCUACCCUGGUCAGAACAUGUCUACAGCACUUGACCCCUACCAUUAAACCACUUGACGCGGAGGACAAAGAAGAAGAACCAACGAAAAAGAAAGCUAAAAAACGCAAAAAGAGUGUUCGCAAAGCACCUCUGACAUGGGAGGCCGAGAGCUACCACGCCGGUAUGUCAGCAGCCCAAAGACGCCGUGUGCAGAAGCGCUUUAUGUCUGGAGAACUGAGAUUAGUCGUAGCAACAGUAGCAUUUGGYAUGGGCYUGGAUAAGUCUGAUGUCCGUGCCAUUAUACACUACAAUAUGCCCAAGAGUUUUGAGAGUUACGUACAGGAGAUUGGACGAGCUGGAAGAGAUGGGUUCCCCUCCCACUGUCAUGUCUUCCUUGACCGGGAGGGCAAAGACAUGUACGAGUUAAGGCGCCAUAUUCAUUCCAAYACAGUAGACAGAAUCACCGUCAAGAAACUGGUUAACAAAGUGUUUCCUCGAUGCGAUUGUAAGAACCUUCUACGCGCACAGAAAGAGCGGGAAAACMUCAGAGAAACCCAACAAGAAUGCGACGAAGCGAAUGAAGACGACGAAUUUGUAAGUGAUGAUAUCUUAAGUCAAAUAACUGAGGAACAAAUGAGUGAUAAGACAGCUGACGUGGAGGGCGGGAUCGAUACCCCGUCCAAAACAUCCGAGUCUUGUUGCCAUGGAGAACUCGAAAAACAAUCCAGAGAUUUGGAAUCUAAAUCAUUAGAAAACAAAUCUCUUGAAACCCAAGGAAACGCGAAAAUUAAUCCUUCGGAACAAAUUAAAGAAGUUGGUGAAUCCGCGGUGAAUAUCGCAGAAUCUAAUCGUAAUGAAACGGACAGUGAAAUCAGCGAAGAUGUUAAAGACGUUUCUGGAAGGCGAGCUUGCGGAGGGCAUGAAGUAGCUAUAGCAACCGAGUCAGCGGUUCAACAGCUAGAYAUGCCCGAGGAGAGCAUUGCUACUUUACUUUGCUAUCUGGAGCUUCACCCAAACCGCUGGCUAGAAGUACUACGACCUGUGAAAGGCACGUGCACGGUGAAGUUCUACGGCGGGCAUGCGCAUUUGAGAGCCGUCGCCAAGAGAAUCCCRCCAAUAGCAGCGGCAGCUGCUUACUGCGAGAAAAAAGAAACCAAGUUCAAAAAGCAAAGCUCGCUUUCGUUUCCAGUYGUGGAGAUUGCAGACAAGAUGGGAUGGGACUUGGACCCGGUGUUUAGGGAGUUGAGAGCGUUACAGUGGAACUCUUCCCUCGCUCCUGACACGAAGUUAAGUUCAUCUGGUCAGUCAGGCAUUCUGGUGGAGUUUAGUGAUAAUUCAAUGCACGUGCGCGCGCCUGGUGACUUGAGUAACGAGGAAAGGGAUCGAGUAUGUGACUUUCUGGACGAUCGUAUACAAGCUGAAGAAAAAUCGCAGUUAAAACAACUAAACAUGCUGUACUCUUCACUCAAGAAAGUCUCGUGUAGCGAAUACUGGCAGUGUUCUGAGGAGAUUGACCAAGAAAGCGAUAAAGAACUCAAAAACAUGAUAAAAGCUUACUUUGACGAUCUAAACAACGCUACGCAAAGCGAACUGGAAGACCUGAAGAAAAGGCGGGAAAACGACGCGUGCGAUGCCGACAAUACACGUGAUGAGCACGUGAAUUGGGACGGCGUUGCACGUGAUAUCAGAGUUUUGACUGGCAUUCACCAUGACCAGUCGUUCACAGGCCGCGCUGUUGCGAGGAUCUUUCACGGCAUCAGUAGUCCGUGUUAUCCUGCAGAAGUCUGGGGUCGUGACCSUCGGUUUUGGAGAAAACAUCUUGAUGUUGAUUUUAACAGUUUGAGAAGAUUUGCUAUCCGUGAACUCAUUAAACUAAAAUAAGAUAGUGACAAUUAUCUUCCUUAAUCCAUGUAAACUUUCCAUUGUUUUGUAGUUUGCUAGCCUCAGUCCUCUUAAAACUUGUCAUUAUUUUCUCUAUCUUUAUUUCUUUCUUCCUUUUUUUCUUCCUUCCUUCCU